GAGGGGAAAGCAGACAGAUGCUUGUGAGUGCCCCAUGGCUGCAGCUGCCUCAGUUAAUUCAUUUGUUGCCUAUUGUAACUUGGAAGCAUUCUUUAGGUCAGUUCAUCUUGUGGGACCCGUCCCUGCCUUCUGGUUAAGGAAUCUAUGCACACAUACAGGAUGACUCCACAGUGGGAUGGAUGUUCAGAUACCAGAAAGGUGCUGGUAACUUGACAGGAGCUUCCACAUUCUUUGGAGAGACUUACUGUGAGACCAUUCCGUUUGAAUACAUCGAAUUGUUCCAGAACCUGAAACUUUCAUGAUGAAGAGAGCUAGGCAGAAAGUUGUGGUUGAAAAUGAAGCUACUCAAACAUCACAGAAAAGCAAAAAACAAAAAACUUGUUCAUAUGGCUCAGUGUUCGGUGAAUCUGCCUUGCACGCCUCAAUGGACUGGGGAAGCCUUCCACACCAUGUUAUUCUGCGUAUCUUUCAGUUCCUGCCUUUAGUAGAUCGAGCCAGGGCAUCUUCAGUUUGUCGAAGGUGGAAUGAAAUUUUUCACAUCCCAGACCUUUGGAGAAGAUUUGAAUUUGAACUUAACCAGCCAGCUACAUCUUACUUGAAGUCUACACAUCCUGAUCUCAUUCAGCAGAUUAUCAAGAGACACGCUGAUCAUCUGCAGUACGUCAGCUUCAAGGUUGAUAGUAGUACUGAGUCAGCAGAAGCAGCCUGUGACAUCCUUUCUCAAUUGGUGAACUGUUCUAUCAAGACACUGGGUUUGAUUUCUACAGCAAAACCAAGCUUCAUGAAUGUCUCUAAGGCUCAUUUUGCUUCAGCACUGACAGUAGUUUUUGUAAACUCCAAGUCAUUAUCAUCAAUCAAGGUAGAUGACACACCACUUGAUGAUCCUUCCUUGAAGGUUCUUGUUGCUAACAACAGUGAUACUCUAAAACUGCUAAAAAUGAGCAGCUGUCCUCACGUAUCACCUGCUGGAAUUCUUUGUGUUGCUGACCAGUGUCAUGGACUGAAGGAGCUGGCUUUGAAUUACUACAUAUUAAGUGAUGAACUGCUUCUGGCUCUUUCAAGUGAAAAACAUGUUGAUCUUGAACACCUUCGCAUAGAUGUUGUGAGUGAAAAUCCCGGACAAGUUGAAUUUCACACUAUUAAAAAGCAAAGCUGGGAUGCUCUUGUUAAACACUCCCCCAAAGUCAACAUCGUGAUGUAUUUCUUCUUGUAUGAAGAAGAAUUUGAUGCUUUCUUCAGAGAGGAAACCCCUGUUACACACCUUUACUUUGGUCGUGCAGUAAGCAAAGCUAUGUUGGGUCGGAUUGGUAUGAAUUGCCCAAGGUUAAUUGAGUUGGUUGUGUGUGCUAAUGGACUUCAACCUUUAGAUGACGAACUUAUUCGGAUUGCGGAGCGCUGUAAGAACUUAACAGCAAUGGGACUUGGUGAAUGUGAAGUAACUUGCAGAGGUUUUAUUGAAUUUGUAAAGAUGUGUGGAGGCAGGCUUACCCAGCUUUCGAUAAUGGAGGAGGUACUGAUUCCAGAUAAUGAUUACAGCCUAGAUCGACUUCAUUUGGAAGUCUCCAAACACCUUGGAAGAAUGUGGUUUCCUGAUAUGAUGCCAACAUGGUAAAGUCUCUACCUUUGUAGGUGAACUGGUAGAAUCAGGGUGUUGCUUUCUAUGCAAAUAAAGAAUUUAAAAAAUUAAAUGUGGAAACAUAUUUCCAGAUUUGAGUUUUUCUACCUUGAAAACCUCUAGUAGUUUAACAGCAAAACAUUCUAGAAUGUUAGCAGUAUAUUGGAAUAAGGAGUAUUUUAGGUGUACUUAACACUUCUGAAAGUAUGUCUGUGGUUUACAGGUGCUUCAAACUUCAGUGAACUUGGGCUUCUCUGAGCUUCAGUUUAAAUGUUCCAUUCACAUCAAAGAUGUCUUUUUUUUCAUGUUUUUGUAUGUAGUCAGAAGAGGUCUAGAGAAACUUGUUUUCUUUAGGAAAUCUAACUUUAUGGGAAGCUGGGUACAUUUUGGAGCUAUUUUUCAAAAUAUUUGUGUUAUAGAUGUAAAAACUUGUACAUUGAAAUACUUACUCUAGCCCAGGUUACUCAGAUAUAAUCUAGCUUGAACUCAUGCCAGUAUAUUAAAAUGUUGUGAUAAAUAAGCUUAUUCUUAUAAAAAACUUUACAGUUUUAAAUUGCACUUUAAAUAAUGUUGUCGGAUUAGCUAAACUGUAGAGACUGCAUUGUGCAGUAUGUUGUUUUUCUGUCCUGUGCAUUCAACGGAUGGGAAAGAAAUCCUGUUAUAAUUGAUGAAUUUAAAAGUUUGGCUCUAGAUCAGUUGGUUGGGUGAAUGACAAAGCACUUUGGAAACUGCCGGAGUACAAGGAAUAGCUUCUGUGUUUGCAAGAGUUCAAGUCUGUGAUAACAAAGAUUGAUGUCUGAAUGCUGUUCUGUGCUCUUGUUAUUAAGAGACAAGAAGGAUCUCGUAAAUAUGGCUAUUGAGAAGGAAGGAUCAAGUGGAACACAGUUGUAUUUGAUCACUUUCUAUCUGGAAUCUAGGAUUUAAAACGCUUAAAGAAAAUAUUUGCCAGGUAGAGGCCCAAAUGGCCUGUAGUAAUCUUGCCUGUAUCUGACAGAGCUGUGCUGUAAGCCCUGACUUCUAGAGUCUGGGUUGCUGGAGGUGAUCCUGACAUUUUUAAUUCAGGACUGUUUAAUACUUGUUGCUAUUAAUUGGUUUUUUAGGGAGAUAAUUUUAUUUUUUUAUUUUCUUUAAAGGGGAAAGGAAUGGUGGGUUGAUGUGAAUUAAAGUCUGUAUUUUUGUGUUGACAUUUUUGCAUACUGUAAACUGAAAUGCAUUGUAUACAAAUUUUGCUGUAAUUUUUUUCAUGCUGUAGUUCUAUCUUUCUAUUUAUAAUGAGAAGUCUACAUUUGAUUUGCUGGUGGUGUUUGUCACUGCAGAUAAAAUGUCAGUUUCUUCCACACUUCCACAUCUUUAUUACAAAAAUAACAGCUAAAGGGUUAAACCACCAUUAUCUUGGGCAGACUGGUUCCCAGUUGCAGGCUAAAGGAUUUAAGAUACCAUAUAAUGCAUGUCUGAAACAGUAAUGCGUUAUUGCCUGUUAUGCAAGCUCUUGCUUCCAUAGUCAAGAAGAUUAUAAUUGUCCUUUCAACAAAAGACUAAAAUACUUCUAAACAGUAUUUGAUUUAAGAUGUGUGAUUUGCUUUGAAUGUAAAUAUAAUAAAGUGAUCUCAUACAGGCACUGA